CAAGGUAGUAAUAGCAAGUAAAGAAGUGCAGCCUUUCUAGUAUUAUGCCAACAGAAGAGACACUACUCUGCAAGACAAAAGUAGGCCUAAGAAACGUGUUUUGAAUGGCACGUGAUGCACUAACAACUAGAAGAAAUAAUAUUCAAACGGCGUUACAGUUGUGAAAUAAUACUUUGAAUGGUACUUGCUCAAUCGAACGGUAAAUGUUAAAAACAUUCGAUUAUAGUCAGCGGCACCACAAUUUUCUGUCACACCCUCAAUAAACAGCAAAACUCCCAGUAGAAGAUUGAAUUAAACCUUUUAAAAUUUCUGAAACGUUAUCAAUUCCGCUUGGCCACAGUGAGUGAAACUAGGCAAUCUGAAUGUAUAGUUUCUAUGUAAAUUACGUCAAAAUGAUUGAGGCUUUUUGUUUGCUGCCUAAACUUCACAGCACACUUGUAGCAGGACGGUGUUUCCAGCCAGAUUUCUUUACGGGGCGUGGAAAGGGGAGUAGUUACUGUACAUGUGACGCACCAAGUCGAGACUGUACGUGUGACGCAACAUUCUCAACCGGUUGAAAAUAGGACGAUAAAUUUAAAACGCAUAUUUCUCCAAAAAUAAAGAACGGACAUAUUUAAUACUUUACUCAUCGUGUUUCUUCAAUGCCUCUUGUGCAAAUAGCACAUAAAACCGAGAAAGUGUGAAAACCACCAUGUUACUCCUUGAUCCCAAAACCUGAUGGCGUCACUCUAGCUAAUCCAGUGAAACUCUCACUCACCAUCUCUCAGCAGGAGUGUGCUUGUGUGUGUGCGUGCAUGCGUGUGAGUGUGUGUGUGAGUGCGUGUCUAAUUGAGACAACUGGUGCUGAUUGGCCAAAUUCGGGGGAGGAAAACAUUCAGAAAAAACGCAUUAUUUGAGCGUUGCUAAAUAUGGUAUUUGUAUUUGGCGCCAUCCCCAAGUUCUAGAUACAGCCACAUUGUUUACUUCUUUCAGCUAUGUUUGUUAGCCUAGAGACAAGGCAGGUUUUCACAUACCCAUUUUGACACUUUCAUAGCCAGUCACAAGAAGAUCAUUUGAAUGACAAUGGCACUGAGGAAAACUGCCAAAUACCAACACAUGACUCACAUGUGGCACAACACCUACUGUAAGAGGUUUAACAUUUAACAUGAUAAUGUUGAAAGUCACCGGGAAUGAUACUGUCAAGUAUUGUUAACAUCAGGAACAAAACAUAAUAGAACCCUUGCUUUCAAUGCCGUCAUUCCCCAUAUUCUAGAUUUGAUUAACCCUUUAAGAUGUAAGAUCACAAAUAUGUGAUCAGAAUGUUCUUAAUUGAACAUUAUAGAGCUGAUGCAAUUGAAAGCAUUGGAGAUCUAGGACACUGACUUAAAAUAAAAAAAAUUUAAAAAACAUUCCAAAAAACCUGCUCUCAAAGGGUUAAGGAAGAGUACAGACUUCUAUAAGUAAAAUUAAUAAAAGAAACAAAUUAUAGUCAACACGCUGAAAUUAUCAUCAUAUAUGAUCAUAGGAUGAAUAAGCUUUUCCAUUUUAUGCAUCUAUGUUUGUUUGUUUACCUUUGUCUUCAUCAUAUUCUGGAUCACGAAUAGUAAAGCAUAUAGAGUUUAUUUAAUAAUUAAAUAAAAUGUAAAAAAUAAACCUGUCUUGCCAGACGUUCCUCCCACUGUGUUACGGGAAGGUUUAUGUUCACAUGUUUCCCAUAGUUCACAAUGUAGGCGUGUCCUCCACUAGUCUGCCCUAGAUGCUUGUUUCAAAUGUCGGCAUUGACUGUUCACUGAAAAAUGAGUCCUUCAGAAGGGAGGAUCGGCAGAUUCGCGGUAAGAUUUAGUGGUUUAAUAAGUUCUUUCAGCUUUUUUUUACUAAACCCUAAACAGGACCCUCAUUUGGGGAGUGGUCGUCUGAGCGAACUGACAGAAAUACCUCUUCUUUUAUGUGUAAACAUUGUCAGAAAUUCUUUACGUGGCCUGUUUUCUUUACAUGUUUUUUUCUCUCCAUUGCUUACAAUAGGACUGUAUUUUUGAAAUGUAGUUUUUGCAUGGUUUACUUUUCAAGUUGUACACUUUUUCUUGGGAUAUAUAUAUAUAUAUAUAUAUAUAUUUGUUUAAUAAUGUCUAUAGAAUUAAACAUUUAAAUCAAUGCCGUUAUUUCAACCUUUCUGAAAUAAUAUUAUUUGCCACAAAAAAACGGUAGAAAUAAGCAUCCUGGUACUGCCCACUGGGGUCCUUAUGGCAAAUUGUGGCAAAUGGGACCAGAAGGGAGUGAUGUGGCAUUACAACCAGAACUCUUACAAAGCACUUUCAGAACCCUGCGUGAUUCUUAGCAUGACUUCCAGGCAUUUUCGGCUGCCCUCUUCAAAUGUGUUUUUGUAACCCCCAAGAAUGAGGGGGGCCUUGCACAAUUAUAGCAAAAUGAUACAGAAAUAUUUUAGGGAAAUCUGAACCACCUCUGCAUCUGGGUAUGGACAAUUUCUUACGACUUGUUCUAGGUUUGCGGUCAUCCUGAGGGUUAAAGAGAACACGGUUAAACCAAUAAUGAGGAGGAACGCUAAGGGGGAUUUGCGGAGAUAAAGAAGGAGACUCUGGACAAAACUUCCAUUUUUAGGACUUCUGCUCGGACGGUCCAUCUUUUAAUAUCUUCACAGGUAUGGCAAUAUUAACAGUACUGAGCCUCACUGUCCUGCUGGUGAUUGGGAAUAUUUUGGGAACAGAGGCUGAAGGGCUCUUAAAUACCGCUGACAACUCAUUUCCGGUAGCUUUCCCAACUGCUUCUUUGGUACUGGUCCAAUUCCAGGAGAAAGGAAAUGGUACCACGCCCACCAUACCACCGAACACAACACUUGCACAACUCCCAUCUGAGUACAUCAUAGAAAUCGAAGUCAACGUUUCUGAUUCUGCAGUGUUAAAUGAACUGCAGUGCCUUUUACAAAAAGUCAGUUUUCCUUUUCAAGUCAACACAAGGAUUAACAUAACACAUGUAAAUCUUACUACAGUGUGCAACAUAUCUGAAUGCACGAUUCCAUCCAAAGGACCAUUUUGUCCAGCAAGUACCACGCCCACCAUACCACCGACCACAACACUUGAUACCACUUCCACCAAACCACCGACCACAACACUUGCACAACUCCCAUCUGAGUACAUAAUAGAAAUCGAAGUCAACGUUUCUGAUUUUGCAGUGUUAAAUGAACUGCAGUGCCUUUUACAAAAAGUCAGUUUUCCUUUUCAAGUCAACACAAGGAUUAACAUAACACAUGUAAAUCUUACUACAGUGUGCAACAUAUCUGAAUGCACGAUUCCAUCCAAAGGACCAUUUUGUCCAGCAAGUACCACGCCCACCAUACCACCGUCCACAACACUUGAUACCACUUCCACCAAACCACCGACCAAUACACCUGGUACAACUCCUUCUUACAAUGUAUCAACGGAUACCACUUCCACCAAACCACCGACCAAAGCACCUGAUACCACUUCCACCAAACCACCGACCAAAGCACCUGAUACCACUUCCACCAAACCACCGACCAAAGCACCUGUUACGACCAGCAGAAUUUUGACCACAACAACAGCAAAAACAGCAAAAUUUGACCUGCAGAUGUCAUUUAGGAUUAUUGGCCAGAUUUAUAGUCCUAGUUUGAGUGACACUUCCUCUCAAGAAUAUAUUCAGUUGGAAAUGAUCGUCAGAAAUGCUAUUGAUAAAAUCUACAGGAUGACAAUUCAAGAAUACAUUGGAGUAUCAGACGUUCGCUUUUCGAGUGGCAGUGUGAUCACAAGCUAUAAAAUGAGGACAAACAAAGUCAGUUCCUCUGACAUUCAGGAGGCAAACCAAGCAGUCGUAGAAACACUUCAGAGCUACGAUGUUGAGCCCAUGUCCUUUACAGCAGCUCUCAUAGAAAAUACAUUUGAGGAUUUGCCUAUGGUGUUUUCUGGAGAUAGCAUAUCUUUGCGUUGUAAUCCAACUGUGGACAAAAAGGGAAAUCCUGUAACCUGGAAGGUGAAGGGAAAGAAUAUUAAAAAUAAUUCAAAGUAUACAAUCGACACGGAGCAAUCAAGUCUCACAGUAAAGAACCUCGUUACAUCUGAAAGUGGAACAUAUGAAUGCUCUGUGAAAAUUGGCGUUGUGGAGUUUGUCCGAAAGCAGAACGUUACAGUCCUGCCUGCGCCCACGGUGUUUGUGAAUAACCACGUGAUCAGCAGUCCAUGUAAUACAGCGGUCAAGCUGGAGUGCUGUGGAAACGUGCAUGACAUCCGCCUAGAGUGGAUCGAUAAACAAAGUGGUGACACGCUGAAGUUCAGUGAAGAUAACUGUAUUACGAUGGACAGGAGAUGCCAAAAAGUGGAAACCCGAGUGUUCAUUUGCAAAAUGACAUUCAGAAACAAGGCUUUCACACAGGAAGUUACCUUGCACUUUUUCAAAGAUGGAGAGGAAUUUGAUUGUAAGAACGAUAAAUAUGGCCCUGGAAGAGAAAAUGGCAUCGCUGUCGUUGGCUGCAAACAGGGCACAGAGGGCAGCAUAACUGCCCGAUGCGAGAAUGGCAAAUGGAAGGUCGUGAGCAGCACCUGCCUCCUACCAGAAAUUAAGGAGCUACAGUUGAAAUCAAUGGUUCUGGAUCAAGAAGGCAUUGCUGAUUUUGUGAUGGAACUACGUAAUGUCACCGGGAUAUCAAAAGAUGAAGCAGUCAUUUCAACUACAAAUAUUGUGGCCGUUGUGAACAUACUGAACAAUAUUGUAAAUGUUACAAAUGGAACUGAUGUCAGCAGUACUGUGAUUGAGAAUUUUCUGAAUACUGUGGAUAUUUUAGUUGCUAAAGAAACGGAAGGAACAUGGGACAUAUUAAAUGCAGACAACGUCAACAACAUGACUAGCUCUGACUUACUGAAUUCAGUAGAGGAAAUCGUAAAGGUCAUUGAAGACACUUUCAUCAACAUAACCACAUCCACAAUGCAGUUGGACAAAACAAUAUUCUUUGAUGACUACAACAUAUCCUUUUCAAAUUCAAAUGACAAAUUAAGCGUGUUGAAAUCAAUGCCUCGCUUCCAAACUGAAAUUACUACUGUACACUUUCGCACCCUGGACAUAGUUUUACCGCCACGGAACCUCACCAGUUCGGAUAACACAAUUAAUGGAGCUGUCGUAUUAGCCUACACGAACAGCACAGUUGCUAACGUUACUCUGACAUUCAAAAUAAGAAACACAACACUGGGCAAUCCACAGUGUGUCUUCUGGAACUUCACAGAAACAGCCUGGGACUCAUCAGGGUGCGAGGUGCAAACUGACGGGAACGAGAGCAUAACGUGCGUCUGUAACCACCUGACCUCCUUCUCCAUAUUGAUGUCACCUUUCAUCCCCGAAGCAAUCAGUCGCCUUUUGGAUUUCAUCACCUACAUUGGAGUGGGCAUAUCAAUGGGCAGCCUGGUCCUGUGCCUCAUCAUUGAAGCCAUCGUUUGGACCGCCGUCACCAGAAACAACAUAUCGCACAUGCGGCACGUCACCAUCGUCAACAUCGCUGUGUCCCUGCUGAUCGCAAACAUAUGGUUUAUGAUUGGGGCGGGCAUAUCGGAUAUUGAUGAGAAGACGCCAGUUGGACCCUGCAGUGCUGCAACUUUUUUCAUCCACUUCUUUUACCUGGCCUUGUUCUUCUGGAUGUUGAUUUCAGGCAUCCUGCUUUUUUACCACAUGGUCAUGGUCUUCUCUCACAUGUCCAAGAGGGUGAUGAUGGCCAUCAGCUUCACGGUAGGCUAUGGCGCCCCCCUAAUCAUUGCUGUUGUCACGGUUGCAGUUACGGCACCACAGAAUGGAUACUUCCAGCAAAAGGACGCUUGCUGGCUCAACUGGUUUCAGACAAAGGCCCUCCUUGCUUUUGUGAUUCCUGCCCUGGCCAUAGUGGCCAUAAAUUUUAUCAUCCUGAUUGUGGUCCUGUAUAAAUUGAUACGGAGGGGAGUGGGAGAGAACCAGACAGACGAAAGAAAUGCAGUGGUGGUCAUCGCAAGGUGCAUCGCUGUCCUCACCCCUUUCUUUGGACUCACGUGGGGAUUCGGAAUAGGAAUUAUGAUCGAACCAAAAAACAUUGGCCUCCACAUUGUGUUCACCGUUCUCAAUUCAUUACAGGGUUUCUUUGUUUUAGUGUUUGGAAUACUGUUAGACAGCAGGAUACUAGCAGCAUUAGCAGGGAGAUUUUCAUUUGUACACCCAAGUUCCAACCGCACAAGGAGCACAAGUCUAAAUCCCUCUUCGUCAAGUGGAUUGGGUCUGUUUCAAAGACGACACAGAAGAGAAACACAUCAUGUCUCAGAGGCUGCAUCCUCAACCCAAUCAACUCCUGCUUCACAGUCUUUCCUAAAUACUUAGUGCUGUUCAGCAUGGCUGUCUAUGUUGUUAUAUAAUUAUAUACCCAUCAAGAUCAUGGACAUACUAAUGGCCAAAUGUCAAUGCAUAUUAUUAGUUUACAAAGCACCGUUCUUUGUCAAGAUUGUUAUUCUUCUUCACAUUCUUCUCAUUUUGUAAAUACUAUUUUGUCUUAACGGUUUUGCACUAGCCAUACCAAAUGCAUCAUGAUUUUGGUACUAACCAUACAAAAU